CAAACCUGAAAACUCUAAUUUACUCCAUUCUUCUUCAAUUUCACUGACUUGAUAUAAUCCUCACGUAAUGUGGUCAUAGCCGAAGCUUAGCUGCGACCAUAUAGUCACGGCAAGUGACUAUUGCCAAUAUGAAAUCGUCGAAGACAUAUGCCAAGGGCCAUCGCGGCAAAGCGCGGCUUCAGGACACGAGUCAGGAGCUCGACAAGUGCUUUCGCAAGCUUUAUGGACCACGGUGGCCGGCGCUGCAGGCCGCGCUGCUGAAGCCCACCCAGCACGCCGCGGUGGUGAACGCCUUUGUGGGCACGCCCGCUGACUCUGGCGAUGCAGCCUCCGCAGCUGCCUCUGCCUCCUCCUCAUCCAUCACCACGGCAUCCAAUGCUGCUGGCUUGGUGCCUCUGCUGAGCCUGGGCGGCGUGCUGAGCACGCUGUGCCGGGGCCCGGGCACAAAACCAUCCAGCCCCUAUCCGCCCCCACCCCUGGACCCUGGGUCGGCCCUGCGCUGCUGGUACUGGAUGGAUCUGGCAUCAGUGAUGCCGGUGCUGCUGCUGGCGCCGCGCAGGGGCCACGCCGCGCUGGACAUGUGCGCAGCCCCCGGCGGCAAGGCGUGCCUCAUCGCGCAGCGGCUGUUUGGGCCGGGCGCUUUGGUGCCUGCGCCGCCCGCGCCAGCUCCCGCGGUGCCCGUGGAGGCGGCAAACGCCGAGCAGCCAGGCAGCAUCGGGAGAGAGAGCGGGACAGGAGGGAAGACCCCCGGCGGCGUCUCAGUGUCUGGGUCGGCGGCAGAGGCAGCACCUCAUCAGCUGCCGCUGCCGCGUCUGCCGCUGGGGCCAGGCAAGCUGGUGUGCAAUGAGCCGGACCGGCAGCGGCUGGCUCGGCUGCAGCGGGUAAUUGAGGAGUACGUGCCGCCUCACUCCAGGGCGAACAUCGAGACGCUCAACUACGCCGGCCACACCUACUGGGGCCGCAACCAAGGCGCCACCUACGACCGGGUGCUGGUGGAUGCGCCCUGCUCGUCAGACCGACACGUGAUGCAGCAAGCCGCCACCACCUCGCGCGGCGUCAUCUCGGCCUCGGACUGGAGCCUGGAGGGCUGCAAGCGCAUCGCGGACGAGCAGCUGCAGCUGUGCCUGGCGGCCAUGCGCGCGCUGCGGGUGGGCGGCCGGCUGGUGUACUCCACAUGCUCCAUCGCCGCGCUGCAGAAUGACGACGUCGUGGAGCGCCUGCUGCGCCGCUGUAACGCUGGCGGGGCCGUGGGCGCGGCUGGCUCAGCAGCCGCAGCCGCAGGUGGCGGCGGCGGCGGCGCCGCUGCGGCACGGGUGCUGCCGGCACUGGAGGUCCUGCAGGCGGAGCUUGCGGAGGUGUUGGCGGUGGGCGUUCCGGCAGGGAGACCUGGAGGAGGAGGAGCGGGAGCUGCGACAGGGGCAGGCGUGGCGGGGACGGGGCAAGGGGCUGACGUGGCGGCGGCGGCGGAGUGGGUCAAGGUGACAGGAAUGGAGGCAACACGGCAUGGGGCCAUCUGCCUGCCCGACCGCGGCGGCUGGGGCCCCAUCUACGUGGCUGUGAUUGAAAAGACGGGCGAGGGGGUGGCGGCAGGGGGGACCGGCGGGGGAGGGCUGGUGGCAGGGAUGGCGGCGCUGCUGCGGCCCCAGCCGGAGUCGGAGUCGGAGGCGGAGGCGGAGGAGGAGAAGGAGAAGGGAGAGGGAGCGGGAGAGGCAGGAGUGGCAGAGGGGAACGGCGCUGAGGCCGGUCAGGAGGCCCAGCCAUGAUCGCGGUCGUGCGGAAAGGACUCAAGGAGAAGGAGGCGCACUGCAUACGCAAGCAGAACCUCGUGCUGGAAUCCCAGGCUUGCGAUGUCUCCAAGGAGCAUGCCUGCAGCCAGGGUUUAUGCAGCAGCACACAGCGCUCUCCCGAUGCCUUUUUUUUAGCGUAUGUUAUGCGUGGCUGCGCAUUGCCGCUCGUCCUUGCCGUGUCCCUGAACCCUGAGUCCACCGCUCAAGUCAUGACGUGCACUUAUUACUGACAAUGUUGGGGGACCGGCAAGAGGCAUGGGAUGCCUACCUAAGCCCGUGUGGGUGUGGGUUGGAGCGCCUGUGGUCCGCACCCCGGCUGGGGGUGUUGUUGUCACACACCCUGGUCAACCCUGUAAAGGAUGAAGCCUAAAAA